AUGGCCAAGAAAAAGAAAGUCAAGUGCAAAAGAAAAACUACAAAAGAAAAUUCAGCCAAGACUUUUGAUAAUCCCAUAAAAAAGCACAUAAAACAGUUAAAUGAAAUGGAUAAUUCAUUGCCAACACCUGGAACGUCAUCAGAAAAAUAUCCUGAACAGAAGAUCAGUCUUAUAACCCAAAGCAGAGUUACAAACGCACCGAUCAAAGAAAUUGCUGUUGAAAUGCUCUCAAACCUUCAACAGAAACAAAUACUGUUUAAUAGAAAUAUCCGAAAAGAACGGUACAAUGAAUUACAAAGAUUAUUGAUGCAAAGUUUACUGUCCUCAUCUCCUUGCAGUUCUGUGGAAAAGGCAAAACCAGCUGCCAUGAUUUCUGCUAAAAGAGCUCUAAUCAAGACAACUUCCCUUGCAAGUAAAGGUUCACUGAAAACGGACAGUGAGAAAGAAACAGGAAUUGAUGAAAAACAAUUGAAUUUAUCAGGAUUUAAUGAUGCUAAGAGCUUGCUCAUACAAAAUGAUAUUCUUCUUAAAUUAGACGAAAAUCCACAGCAAAAAAGUGCAUCAACAGGAAAAUCUCCAGAAAGCAUGGACAUUGUUCAGAAUUUGGAUCAUUCCAGAGGUCAACAUUCAGCUCUGGAUUCUGUUAAUGUGCCAACUCCCUGUGAAAACCAACCAAUUGACCAUGCUGGUGAUUCUGCCCCACUAAAUACAAACAAAUUGAAAUUGAUGACUUGUAAAAAAUUCUUUCACUGCCAACAAACGGAGCAAAACAAACAUCAUGUCUCUUCUUGCAUUAUUGUUGCUAAUGAGCCCCUAUUCAGAGAGACAUGUAAAUCUGUACCUGGUUUUAGUGGAGAUUGUGUUGAUUCAGUGGAAUCUACCAUAAAAAAGAAACAGAUUUACCAAACCCAAGAUUCACUGGAUUUUUUGGAGUAUCUUGAUCAAAGCAACACGACUGAUGUAUCUUCUUCAUUUUGGGAUUCACAUAAUAAAUUUUAUACUUGGAACAAAACAGCAUUUAAAGACACCAGUUCAGAUUCUGAAAAUUCACCUCUAUGGGUACCUUUGUCCAAUCUACCCCCACCACCUACUAAACCUUGCCUAGAUGCAAUUCCAAGUCCACCUGAAAAACUUUACCCAAGAAAAUUAUACUAA